AUGCGCCUCCCUCCUCGACGCAUCUUGGCUUCAAAUAAGCGGAAGGAUAAAGAAGACACAACCCGUGAUUCUUCCAAAUCCUCGGCACCACCACCAUUGCCACCAUCAUUGUCGUUGGUAGCAACAAUGGAGCCGGUGAUCAAACCGGCUACUGCUGUUAUCGGUUACGAUAAAUUUACCGAGCCGGUUGGGUCUAAUAAUCAACUCCUAGCUGGCUACUUGGCACACGAGUUCCUCUCAAAGGGAACCCUUUUUGGUGAACCCAUGAGGGCAGAUAAUUGUCCCUCGCCCAUCUAUGUCAAGGCAAAGAAGAUUAAACCUAGCAUGGAAAGGGAAACCAAAGCAAUGGUGAAAUCAGAGCAGAAUAUUGAGGAUAUUGGAAAGAGGAGUGAGAGAUAUUUAGAGGUUUCAAAAUUGUUGAAAAUGGAAGGAGCCCACUUGCCUGGUAUCAUUAACCCUACCCAGCUUGCUCAGUUCUUACAAAUGUGA